CUUUUUUCAACGCAUUAUCACAAUUCAAAUAAUACACAAUCAAGUAUAGAGAAAAAUAGCAAGACUGAGAAGGGAGAGAUUUGCGUACGUGGCAGUGAGAGUCGGAGAGGGCCAAGGGGCUGAGUUAUCGUCGGACUGUGGCGCUGCUAACAUGGAAGCCCAGUGAGCUGCACUGGUGAGACUGAGAGACGGAACAGGUAAUGAAGACGGUGAGACAAGCACAUGAACCACAGAAAGCGACCGUCCAGCGCAGUGACCGGCGGUAGCCGACGAUUAGGAAGUUAAGCUAAAAAUUCGAGAUGGGAGAUGGAGAUGUAGAUGUUAUUGUUAAAGCUGUCCAAGAUCUUUUUGAUUCUGUAAAAAAUCCAAGUCUUAGUUUGGGACUAUAUCGAACAUUUAUUGACGUGGUCCCCAGUGGGCUCCGUGAUCUCAGCCCUACUUCUUUCAACCCUCGGGUGGUUUCUAUUGGACCUCUUCACAAAGAUGAACAACAUCUUCAGCCAUUUGAUGAGCAGAAAGUGAAGUAUAUAUGCUCAUAAACUAUUGUAUUCUCCUGAUUAUUCCCUUCCCAACCAGAUGCUAAAAGAAUGUGUGGAGAAAGUGGUUGCUAAAACAGACAGAAUCAGAGCAUGUUAUGACAAGAUAAAGAUGGAAAAAUACAAUGACACUGAACUUGCCAAAAUGAUGGUUAUCGAUGCAUGUUUCAUACUCGAAUACCUUGGCAGAUCAGAAUUCAAUGUUGAAAAUAGAUCCUUUUGGCGUGGCAAUCUAUAGUUUAUGACAUGGUGCUCGUAGAAAACCAGAUCCCUUUCUUUAUUCUUCAAGACAUAUUUGAUAGCACCAUUUUAAAAUCUGAACCUACAGCCUCACUUACUACCCUUUUGCUUCCACUUGUACAAAUUUGCAACAUCUUUGAAACAAGCAUAACAGCCAAUAUCACCCCCCGUUUAAAUUUUCAAGAUCAUAUUCUCGGCUUUCUUGAAAAUUGUUUCCAUCCAUCACGAAACAAUUCCCCUUCAGAAGGAUUACCAAGUUCAGCAAUACAUUCGGCUGUAGAACUUGACAGGGCAGGGGUGAUCUUUAAGCCUAAUAAUCCAGAUGAACCUUGGCCAAUGGCCAUGGAGUUCAAGUCUUGUCCAUUGGCCUGCUUCUCCUGGUGUUGGGGUAAGCCUACUCUCAGAAUCCCGGUAUUGCUUAUUGACAACUUCACUGAGUUGUUUUUAAGGAAUCUCAUUGCCUAUGAACACUCCUCUUCCUCAUAUAAAACACAUGGUUAUGUUACCUCAUAUGCUAUGGCGAUGGAUAUGCUAGUGGAUACUGAAGAAGACAUUGCAAAGUUGAUAGAAUCAAAGGUCGUUCUCAACCAUUUAGGCUCAAACGAAAAGGCUGCAGACAUGAUCAACAGCCUUUGCAAACAACAACCCAUACGGAUGUUUUGUUACGUUGAUCAGUGGCAGGAUAUGGAUACCCACUACAACAAUUACUGGCCCAAAAAUAUUGCUGCUCUGAAGCGUACAUAUUUUAGUAGUCCAUGGAGUAUGAUUACUCUUGUUGGAGGAAUCGCUCUCUUUGUUCUUACAGUGGUUCAGACCAUCUAUGCUGUCCGUGCUAGAUAGUGUCGGGGCUUCCUUCACACAAUAUACAUUUGUGCAUUGCUACAUGUAACAUAUACCUUAAUUUCAAUAAUAGAAAUCCAUUUUGUACGAUGUUGAGAAGUUGCAAUAUGAAAAUAAUAAUAGAUAUCAUGCAAAUCUA